CAGGGUCGGACUGACAACUCAUGGGGCCCCCGGGCAAUAGGGGAUCAUGGGGACCCUGUGUCCUUGCCCAAACUCAAAAAAGUCUAUGAAAAAGGUACCAGGGGCAUCUCAUGGGGCCCCCUACUGACCCCGGGCCCUCGGACAGUGCCCGAGUUUCCAAAUGGUCAGUCCGUCCCUGGGGAGGACUACUUAAGUUCAAACAACAAAGCUGGAGACAGGAGCCCAUGAGCAGCUUGUAAGCUAUUGGAACUUUAGAAGUGUUCAUGGAUAGUGCACUAUUCAUUUAUUUAUUUACUUUAUUUGAUUUAUUUAUUUUAUUUUA